AUAUAACGUGUUACUCCAGUCCUGUGGAAAAUUAAAGACUCGAAAUAUGCCGCUGAAUUCAGCGGGGGCCCCCCCAUUUUGAGUACUAAUUAACCCAGCAGGGUUUGGAGAACAUCACGUCGGGAAAGUCACCAAUUCUGAUAAAGUCUCAAGUUUCUAUAAGUUUUUGAAUAGUAGUUUAUUAUAUGGAAAAAGCAAGCAGCCGGCUGGGUGACAGAGAUGGGGACCAGUUUCCCAAAUCUGCACACAUACUACAGGGUACAUUUAGUAUUUAUCUUAGCUACUUCAUGCAUAUUAAUUAUAUACAUAUACAUUCUACAGGUUUUUGCUAAGUAUUUAAUAUAGGGGUCUUCUUACAGCUAAAGCUAAAAGUGUUAUCUCUACAACCGGUCAUAAUUCAUGCAUUCUUGGACGAACAGGCGCCUAAAGAUUUAAAGUUCUAUAAUGGUGGAGGGGGACGGACAGAAUGCUCUUAGGUCAAUGUGAUCACGCUUUAUUAGAGGGAAGACAACUUAUAUGCUGUUUGUGACACAGAGAUGUUAUUCUUUUCCAGGUUACAUUGGAUACAUAAGGAAAACACAUUGAGCUGUACAGUACCAAUUGGACCACAGCAGGUGUCCAUAAAACUUGUUUUUCUGCCAAAAAAACUCCUUCUUCACCUUGGCACAAGGCCUGCAGCCAUAUUGGUGGCGCAGUAUUUUUUACUGUCUGCACCCAGCCAUGCCAAGGCAAAAGGUCGCAGAAAUGCAAUAGAAAUUGUUCACACAAUUUCUGUCCUCCAACAGUUCUACUAUAUUUUAUUCUUAGGAGAGUAAAGAGGUUUUAGGGCUCUUGACCUUGUAAGGGUCUGUUUUAUUUCUUUAGGGGGGGUGUAAUUAAGUUUUACAAUCCAUUUGUUUUAUUUUGAUGUAAUCACCCAUUUGUUUCACGAAUCACGAUUAUUUAUUUAUCACACUGUGGUGAGAGGGGGAAGAAAGCACCUACUGAAGAGGCAUAAGAAAAUACCAAAGAGGCAUAAGAAAAAACUCUUGUAACUGUAGUAACCUAAAACUAGUAAUGCUGCUGAAAGAAGGGGAGUUUGGAAGCUUUGGCUAAAAAUGAACUAUCCUAGUUAAGUGAAUGUGUUGUUUUCUAAUGCAUGAGAGGUUUCUUGGAAUAGACUGGAUGCUUCUUAACCCUGAGGGAACGCUCUCUAGCUUCUGCUGAACUCAGAGCGGUUUGCACUGUUAUUCAUGGGGUUCAUUGCAGUGGAAGUCAGAGGAGCGAAUAUUAAGUAACACAGAUUCCCCUGUUUUGGGUUCUUGUAGCAAUUCCAUCAGUGUCUUGAGUCACUGGCACUGUAGGAGGAAGCACUGACUAGUGAGUUGUAUGUGAAUGCCCUUUUCUUGUUCAUAUGCCCUGCUUGGCCACACAAAAAUGGCAGGACAGCAUGAUGGUGACUGAGCAACAGUCUGCCUGCCAGGAAUUAGUUUUACGUGUGUAGUUCAGGGAGCAGCUAGUACCUGUGCCCCAAGUUUUCUUUCUCACUUGAUUUCUACUGACUCUCAAGGCAUUUGCUCCAUCCAUCCAAGAGUGGUUCCAAUGAAAUUUUUCCUGUUCAGGGCUUUCACAGGGCCAAGUUCUGCAGUGAAGGCCUUGGUGUCCAGUUUGGUGUUACCAUGGAGCUAAGUUGGGUGACACUAGAAUGAUGCAGCCUCCUGGAUGCCUGUUCUAGAAUAUCUCUCUGUGCCAAUAUUUGUGCCUGUGUCACCAAUUUGAGGAGCUAAACAAGGAAGAAAAUCAAAACCUUCAGCAGAACUGGCCUUUUGGUACAAGGCCAGUCACAGCAGGUUCAGAGGAGCAUCAAGAGCCUGAGGAGGAAGCAACUGGGGCCACUUGCUUAACAACAAUUAGCCAUCACCUUGCCUUUGUCAUGACAUCAGCAGAUAUAUUGGCACAAGGUGCUUAGGAGUAAUUCUACUUCCGUCUUGAUUUGUUUGGUCACUGGUACAGGGAGAAGCCUCUGUGCCAGUCACAGUUACCAUAUAAAACCAUGCAGAUGUUCCAUAUGUAGAGGUGAGGCCAGAUGGGCAGUGCCUAGUGCUGGGUGUGCCUUGCUGGCAGUGCCCUUGUGGUUUGGAUCAAGGUCUAGUGUGUGAUGGCAGGAGAGACUGGAGACUUUACCCUCAGUAAAUCAGUGUAGCUGUACUGUCAUUUAACUCCCUAAGGGUUGUGCUUCCCAUGCUUGUCAAGAGCUUGGACUGUGUCUUCUGGCUUUGUGAUUCCUCCCUCUGCUCUCAUCUUGAGGUUGUGUUUUGUUUUUUUUUCUCUCACAGACACUCCUGACCAAAUAAAUACUUUAAAACCCCUGAAAUCUGAACAAGCUAGCAACACAGGAACAGACUCACAAUUCUUAUUUUUGGUGGUGCUUUCACUGGGGAACAGGUGAUAUGCUACCAACUCACUUCUUUGCUGUCUCUACUGGCUUUUAAAAUUAUCUUCGGCUGGGGCUGGGAACUCUGUCCAACACUUUAAAUGCUGUCUGGUGGAACUUCAGAUUCCACCACUGCCCUGCCAGCAAAGAAUUAAGUAUAAUCAUCUUUAUUCAGAUUUUUCUGUUAAAAAGCAAAAUGUUCACAUUCUUAUUUUUUGUACAAUUGCAUAAAACCUCCCAUCUGUGCAAGGUGGAUGGGUUAAUGUCAUCCAAUCAUCAAUAUGUUGCUCUAUCAGAUAGGAAACUACUUCUUCAACAUUAACAGGAGAAAGAUUGUGUUAGAGACAGAAAAACAACCCCUGAAAUCCUUGAAGAAAUUCAGACAUUGACUUCACUAUCAUUUCAAAUCAGAGGUGAGACUACACAUCAGUUUUAAGUGACCUGUUCCUUGGUCUGUAAGAAACUUGUUCCAGAACAGCAAAAUAAUCAGAAAUCCCCUGAAUCCAUGUGUAGCCUGCUGUUGGACCAUCCUUCCUUUCUGGCAUGUCUCUUGAUUUUAAAAACAGAGAAAAAAAGGAUCAUUCAGAUUAGACAAAGUAAAAAAAUUUCAAGCCUAAUAGGCUUGAAGUGUUUAAUCACGAAUAUGCUCUACUGCACUCUAUCUCUUCACUUAUUAAUGCUGCUGGAUGCCAUGGGUGACUGACUCCCUGGAAAAGAGGACAGCAUCUUCAGUGCAGGACCUGCUGUGAAACUCUUGCACAAAUUUGUAGUUAACAGUGGUAUUGUGGGGUAGCAAGAUUUGCUCUCUUUGUGACCACAGGUAAUUCUGAGGUCUUUAUUCUCACAGUCUCCUCGGAUGUGCAUCUCCUUCCAAAGAGAUGCUCCUCUUCUAGCCAUGUGCCAGUAUUCUCUCUUGAGCUGUGAGGGUUAAGUAAUGCUUAGACUUAAAUUUUAUGCACAUGCACACAAGGAGUGUGCAUGGCUUUCAACAGACAUGCAGUAAUAGGAAACUACUGUUUGGUGGCACAAAGCUGUAUCAGUUUCCUGGCUGACUCACGGAUAACAUCUCCCUUUUAUCUGGUUGCCCUUUCCAGAAGCUUUCUGCAGCCAAAUUCUGCCUUCCCUUCCAUCUUAAGUAUUCAUAAGGGGGUUAUGUGGUCUGCUUCCCAAAAAGCUAAAAGCUGUGAGGUGCAAAACUGCUCCUUUCAGGUAAAGAAGACCCAAAAGAGAUUACAAAAAAACCAUUGGGAAACUUUUCUUGACACGGUGCUGAAUAUGAUUCUCCUGUAUUAGAGUGGAAAGAAUCUGACUGCAGACUGUACUGGGUUCCUCAUUUUGGCAGCCUUUCUCUACCCAGGUCUGUGUGUAAGUGCUCCUGCUCCCCUUUGUGCCUUGCAGUGCAUCUUUCCUCCCUCCACCGCGCUCACCGCGUUGCUCGGUGUUCCCACCAGGAUGAAACCCUUCACAGCUCCAUUCCCAGGGACCUUGGUUUGGCACAGUGAAGCCCCAGCAUCCUGACACUACAUGGAAGACAUCAGAAGAAGGAAGUGCCAGACCACAGAGUUGUAGGUGCUCUCAGAGACGCUGACCUGUUAAAAAUCUUGUCCAGCUGAGCAGUGAAUUCUCUGGUGUCUUGAAAGCAGAGGCAGGUCCCGACAGCAGUCUCAGGAGAGCAGGCUCUGGCCGGAGAGAUGAUGCUCAGGAUGCCCAACUCCCUGCUAAAGCUGCCCAGGGUGCUGCUGAGCCACAAGCACAGGGCUCUCUUCAUCCUCACCCUCAUGUUGGUGUCCUUUGCCUACCUCACGUUGUACUGGAGAAUCGCGGAGGACUCCUACGGCAGUGGCCUCUACGACCUGCCUGGGGAAUUCAACUGUGCUCACUCUGUGCCUUUUUCCCUUCCAAAUGCUGGGGAGCCCUCUCCUUCCAGAGGGAACGUGUUUUUCGUGGAGACCUCAGAGCGGACUAACCCAGGUUACCUGUUCUCGUGCUCUGUGGAGUCAGCGGCCAGGACACACCCCGGGACAAGUGUUGUGGUGCUCAUGAAAGGCUUGGCAAAAGGAAAUGCCUCCUUACCCAAACACUGGGUUUUCUCCUUGCUGAGCUGCUUCCCCAACGUGGAAAUCCGGCCCCUGGACUUGCCAGAGCUCUUUUCUGGAACGCCUCUGAAGAAGUGGUACUUGUGGCCUCUGCGGCACUGGGAGCCUUACUUCCUACCCGUCCUGUCUGAUGCCUGCAGAAUUGUCCUCAUGUGGAAAUUUGGUGGCAUCUACCUCGAUACAGACUUCAUUGUGCUUAGGAACUUACAGAACCUCACCAAUUCCCUCGGGAUACAGAGUGAGGAUGAACUGAAUGGGGCCUUUUUGUCCUUUAAGCCCAAGCACAGGUUCAUGGCGCUUUGCAUGAAAGACUUUGUGAAGAACUACAAUGCCUGGAUCUGGGGACACCAGGGCCCACAUCUCCUAACACGUGUCUUCAAGAAGUGGUGCCCCACCAGGACUAUUCAGAGCAUGAGCUGCAAAGGGGUGAGGGCUCUUGACCCAGAAGCAGUUUAUCCUAUUCCCUGGCAGGACUGGAAGAAGUUAUUUGAGGCAAUCAGUGCCUCGGAGCUUCACAAACUCCUUAAGAACACCUAUGCAGUGCACAUAUGGAAUCAAAUGAACCACAGGACCAGGCUAGAGAUCCCUUCCCAGGCUCUGCUGGCUCAGCUCUAUUCUCAGUUCUGCCCUGCCACCUAUGCAAAGAUGAAACAGGACUCUCAAAAGCGGUCAAGGCCUGCAAUGUGACCUGUGGGCCCUUGGCAGCAGAGAAGUUCCCCAACCUGAAGCAAACUGAGUGCCUUUGACCUUCCACAGAGUUGUUUUCUAGACCAGGGAGCAGAUGUUCAUGUGACAGCUCUAUGAUUUUGUACCAUUUCCAAUAUCUGCCUCAGACCCUGAGGUGUUUCAAGUAUUCACCAGAGCCUGAGUUCAGCCUCACUUGUUGUCCUUCAGGACACUUGGUGCUGCAGGGAAGGUUGUACCCAUUCAUCAGUGUCUCUCAGUUGGUCUUCUGUUGCUGUUCUCUCAGCUGUUCUCUCAGCUGUUCCUCCUGUGUAUCAAGGCCUGAGCAGUCUCUCGUGCAGUUUCGAGAGCUUUAGGAACCCUUGGCUUGGUCUCUGCAGCAUUUACAGAAUAUCACAGAAUAUUCCGAGUUGGAAGGGAUCCACAAGGAUCAUCGAGUCCAACUCCUGGUCCUGCACAGGACCAUCCCCAAGAGUCACACCCUAUGCCUGAGAGUAUCAUGCACACCUUGAGCUCUGCCAGCCUUCGUGCUUUCCCCACUGCCCUGGGGAGCCUGUUCAGUGCCCAACCACCCUUGGGGGAAGAACCUUUUCCUAAUAUCCAACCUGAACCUCCUCUGACACAACUUCAGGCCAUUCCCAGGGGUCCUGUCACUGGUCCCCACAGAGCAGAGCUUAGUCCCUGCCCCUCCUCUUCCCCUCCCAAGGAAGUUGUAACUGCAGUGAGGUCUCCCCUCAGUCUCCUCUUUUCCAGCUGAACACACCAAGUGCCCUCAGUGUCCUCACACGCAUUCAAAUCAAGGCCCUUCACCAUCUUCAUUGUCCUCCUUUGGACACUCUCUAAUGGCUUAAUGUCUUUCUUAUAUUAUGGUGCCCCAAUAUUGCAGGUGAGGCUGCCCCAGGGCAGAGCAGAGUGAGACAAUCCCCUCCCUGGCCUGGCAGGUGAUGCUGGGCCUGAUGCCCCCCAGGACAGGGUUGGCCCUCCU